CAACCACACAUCUCCACCACACCAACACCAUCAUGUCGAUCGAGAACCUUACCCUUGAGGACAACGCCGCCACCGGCGUCACCGUCGACCUCUACUCCAAGCCCGAGCGCAAGGCUCGCAAGGCUCUCGAGGGUCUCGGCCUCAAGAAGGUCCCCGGAAUCCAGCGUGUCACCCUCCGCCGCCCCAAGGGUGUCCUCCUCGUCGUUGCCCAGCCCGAGGUCUACAAGUCGCCCGGAUCCGACUGCUACAUUGUCUUCGGCGAGGCCCAGGUCGAGGACCCCACCUCGGCUGCUCAGAUCUCGGCCCAGCAGCAGCUCGCUGCCUCGACCCAGGCUGCCCAGGCUGCCCACGCCUCGGGCGGCUUCAAGGACGGCAUCCCCAAGUCGCUUGAGGACUUGAUGGGUGGUGAUGACGCCCCCGAGCUUGACGACUCGGACGCCAAGAAGCCCGCCUCGGGAUCUGGCUCGACCGAGGAGGACAUCAAGCUCGUCGUCGCCCAGACUGGCUGCACUGAGGAGGCUGCCCGCGCUGCCCUCGAGGCCGAGAACGGUGACAUUAUCAACACCAUCAUGAGGAUUAGCGGUGCCUAAGCGGCGCGCGUGCAGAGAUGAAAAUGAAGGUAGACGCCUCCAUGAUGCAUGGCAUUCCAUGUGA